UACAAGCUUUAAAAACGGUUGUAAUAAACCUUUAGCAGACUACAUAUUGCGAAGAUACCAACAUGAGGGAGUUAUUUUUUCUAGCAGCAUUAUUUGUAACGGGUAUUGCCCUUCCUAUUGAGGAGCGUAUCAAUGGCGAAAACGGGUGGUUUGUGCCUCAGAAUGAUGGCACUUUUGAGUGGAUGGACAAAAAGGACGCUGAAGAGCUCUUAGAGAACAUUUCCCCUCUCGAAUUCCGUUCCAACGAUGUGUCCUUCUAUCUGUACACCAAACAAAACCCCACGGAAGGCCAAGAAAUUACUGCCGAUGCUUCUUCAAUUGUAGCCUCCCAUUUCAACAAGGAACAUGGAACGCGUUUUGUCAUUCACGGAUGGAAGGGAAAAUAUACCGAUAGCAUGAAUGUCGAUAUAACCAAGGCCUGGCUCUCAAAGGGAGACUUUAAUGUGAUCGUUGUGAACUGGGCUCGGUCCCAGUCCGUGGACUAUGCCAUGUCCGUACGAGCUGUUCCUGGAGCUGGAACCAAAGUGGGAGAGAUGAUCCAGUACAUGCACGAAAAUCACGAUAUGUCACUUGAAACCCUUAAGGUAAUUGGACAUAGUUUGGGUGCCCAUGUGGCUGGUUAUGCUGGUAAGCAAGUUGGCCAGAAGAGAGUCCACACUAUUGUGGGUCUGGAUCCUGCCCUGCCGCUUUUCAGCUACGAUAAGCCGGACAAGCGUCUAUCUAGCGAAGAUGCCUUCUAUGUGGAGUCCAUCCAGACCAAUGGUGGCGUAAAGGGAUUCGUGAAGCCCAUCGGAAAAGCCACAUUCUAUGUGAGUGGAGGAAGGAAACAACCAGGAUGUGGAGUAGACCUUGCAGGAACCUGUUCCCAUGCCCGGUCCGUUCUCUACUACGCCGAGGCUGUCACCGAGAACAGUUUCGGAGCCAUCCAGUGCCAGGACUACCAGGCUGCUCUGGACAACAAGUGUGGCAGCACCUUUAGCAGCGUCCGCAUGGCAGAGGAUUCGAAUGCGUACAAUGUGGAGGGCCACUUCUAUGUGCCUGUAAACAGUGAGGCUCCAUUCGGGCAAACUGAAUAGAAAUCAAUGCAGAAUAAAUAACAAUAAACUGA